UUGUGUUUUCUCGUCCACUUUACGCGUCCGAAAUACCCCGCCGGGAGUUGUGUCGGUUCCGCUGUGUACCGUGGGAAGCCUCCGUGAUCGAGUCCGUGAUAACUUCCCACAGGUUAUUGGCCCAGUGAUAGUGGAGAAAGCGGUGGAUUUCGCUGAGAAAAUAGACCCGGAGCGCGAAAGUUUGCCCGCGGAAGCUACCCUUUUGUGCUUGUCGUUCGGCGGGAGCAAAUUUGUUCCACUCGUUAGACUGUGCUGCAGUGGGUGGUUAAAGCAGCUGAGAACGUUGUACAUGCCAUCUGUGAAUAAAAUUCGCGAUUCAAUCGGUACCCGUGUUAUGUCCGAUUCACCACGCAGUAUCCUAGCCCGGCUGGAACAGCUGAAACAAUGGCAGGAGGAGCAGCAACGGGUAUUGCUGCAGAAGCAAAUCGCUCAAAGGGAACUGCUUAAUCAAGAACAGCAAAAAAUGUACGCCAUCCUGGGGCUGGACCAUGGGAGAGGUACAUUGUCGGAUGAUGGUAGUGCAGACGAAGAGCCGGAAUACGAAACAACUAACAUGCAGAGGCAGAUGGAUAAUGACCGGUUGCAAAAUUUGGGGGAUCCAACGCCGGAUGACAGUGAUGUGAAGGAAGUAGUUCGUUCGAAAGGUCCGUCCAGGCAACAAAAAAGAGAAACUCAGUCGCUGACGAAGAAAGUUCCGACGAAACCUUUCCUCAAGCGGGGCGAAGGGCUAAAAGCUAGGUUUAAAGUUGAUCCCAAUAGGUUUAAGUUAGACAAUUUGCCCAAGUAUAAGUAUGCUAAUCUCGCUAAAUCUAGGGCGCAAAACGCCAAGAAACAAGAUUCCGAAGACAAGCCGCUAGACGGUGGGAGAAGAUCGCAGGAAAAUCCGUUCGUCAGCAAGUCAAUUCCAAAGGCAGAAUCGCCACCGCGGGUUGCAUUAGACAUUAACAAGGUUCAAGCGAAAAAACUUAUUGUACAGCCGGUGGAAGAAUCGAUGGCCAUCAGUGUGCACCAAACAGCCGGCGAAUAUUCGGAGGAUGAGGUGGACGGGACUGAUGACGAUGAUGGUGGAGUCAGUUUGCUGCCAAGUUUGCAAACAUUAAAGCAGAGACACGACACUCCGGAGGUACAGCAAAGUGCAUCGACUCAAGUCCAAGUCCAACCAAAUGUUCCUUGGAAGCAACAGUUGCAGAAUGAUCCAUUCCUUCUCCGCCAACUGAAGGAACUGAAAGAUCUUAAUCUUUUCGAACUACUCGAACAACGUUUGGCUUCCGGUAAUGCCAGUCUUGAUACGGACGCCAGUACCUUGUUGAGACUGCUAGCAGAAAGCACAAUUGAUAUUUCCGGAGUUUUAGGUCUGUCUGAUUCCACCAUAAUGCCUUCUGUUGAACCCAAACCCACGAAUGAGCCUUUGAUUCAACCGGAAGAAGUGUCUUCUUGUUUGGAAAUUCAUCCUAUUCCCGAUCCCAAAAGACAUUUUCUUAAAGACAAUAGUGAUCUUUCCAGCAGUUCAAGUUCCACGGAGAGCGAUUCCGAAGAAGAAGAACAAGUGCAUGUGCAUUUUGCAGAUGAGCAAGACGUGCACGAAAUCGAAACUGACGUAGAAUCUCAUCUCGAAACCGUAAACUACAGUAGAAUGUCUACCCCGAAGGAUAAGCCGGAUCGUCCGCCAUUGAUUGAUGCGGAACCACGCAAUUCAACACACGCAGAAAAAAACAAUGAAGACCAGAAACGAAUUAGGGAAGACAUUCUUCAGAAAAGCGAGCUACUCAAGCAAAGACUGGCCGAGCUUGAGACUGAAAUUGAAAGCUUCCGUAAGGAAAAUGCCGAAUUGCUGCGCAUGAAACAGGAGCACGAACUGGAAAAAAUCAAGCUGGAGCAAGAUCGCGAAGAGAUGAUGGAAAAGCUUAAUGACGAACGCAUCAAGAUGGAAGUUUAUUUCCACGACGAGCGCAUAAAGAUUGAUGACGAGAGGCAAAGAGCGUUGAAAGAUGCUCUAAAGCCGACGAAAAAAGAGAAAGAGGAGAUACUUAGACUGAAAGAACAGAUAUCUGAGAUGCACAAGGAAGCGAAAACUAAGGAAGCAAAACAUGCGUCUUCCUUAUCGCGCUUCAGAUCCCAAAUUAAAAAUCUUGAGAAAGAUCUCAAAGAAACCCAGCUGGAACUGGACGUCAUAAGGAAGGAUAACAAGAAGCUGGAAACGGAAAACGCUCGGCUUAAACGACAGAACAAUAACCGCAUGCUGCUGGAAAUUAACAAGAAUCUGGCCAAACUGGCGGCACCUUCGGCGGAACCGUCUGCCGAAACUCGACGGAACUCAUCCCCGGAGAAGCCCCGUAGCAAUAGCAAUCUUGCCAAGAUGAAACCGAUUGAGGUGAUUGAGAAAAAUAUAAUCGGAAAAGUGGCGAAAGCGAAAGUGAUAAGCCAUCCAAGGAAAAGCACGGAGAGCAAAAAAUCGAAACACUCCAGCAGUGAAAGUAGCGAUUCUGAGUCCAGCGAUUCGUCCGUUGGGAGUGACGAGGGCUCAGGUGCGGAUAAUUUGGAACGAUCAGCUUCAUCCUAUUUCAAAGGUAAAGCCAAGAAAGGAUUGUUCAAGGCUGAUGCACGGGAAGAAAGUCAACCGGAAGUGGUGGCGGAUAGGAGCGCAGAAACGGCCGAAUUGAUCAACAAUCUCAAACGAGAAGUGGUCAACGACGAUGGAAGCCGGGACAUUUGGUACCCGAAUGGAAAUUUGAAGAAGAUUUCCCCGGAUGGGUUGGUGAUACGGAUGCUGUACUUCAACAAGGACAUCAAAGAGACGAAUAUGAGCGAGGGGACGACCAAGUACUACUACUUUGAAACAAACACGUGGCACACGACCUAUCUGGACGGAUUGCAGAUAUUGGAGUUUCCUGAUGGCCAGACGGAGCAUCGCUUUAAGGACGGCUCAACGGAAGUGCAUUUCCCGAACGGGUCCAUACGCACAACAAACCCGAACAGCGUGGACAUUGCCGAGGAAUGGAAGUACCCGGACGGAUCGACGGUUAUCAUCAAAAAGAACGAUGACAAGGUGAUCAAUCUUCCAAAUGGGCAGGUGGAGAUCCACACGAAGGCGCACAAACGGCGGAUUUAUCCGGAUGGUACGACCAAGUUUCUGUACCCGGACGGGAGCCAGGAGAGCCGGUACUCAAAUGGUCGCGUUCGGUUGAAGGACAAGGACGGAAGGCUGGUUUCCGAUACGGGUGGCACGGGAUGAUCCGUACCGCGCAAGUAAGUAGCAUGAUAAUUGUUAUAGUUUGUAAUAAAUGCUCAAAUUAAAUAUUAA